UCCAGCGGACCAAUGGCGGCCGCCCGCGGCGCGCGGGGCGCCGGGAUGGGGUCCGCCCGCGGCGUUGGGCGCGCUCGCCAGCCCAGGGGUUGCCAUGACUGAGCGGCCCAGGCCCGAGCGAAGCCCGCGCGCGGUCACAUGGGAUCCUGACACCAUUUGGAGGAGAUUCAGAGAAGCCCCUGAUUGCUGACUCUGCCUGCCACACCGGCUCUGUCCGGAGCCACUGGGACUCGGGAUCCAGUCCACACACACCCCUCAGACAGGCCCAGUGGCCAGAGAUGCUCCCACGGCCCAAAGCCCCUGCCUCCCCCAGACGCCCCCAGACCCCAACCCUGAGUGAGCAGGACGCAGACCCUGGGCCAGCAAGCCCCAGGGACACCGAAGCCCAGCGUCUGCGCUUCCGGCAGUUCCAGUACCACGUGGCGAGCGGGCCUCACCUCGCGCUGGGCCAGCUCUGGACGCUGUGCCGCCAGUGGCUGAGGCCCGAGGCGCGCUCCAAGGAGCAGAUGCUGGAGCUGCUGGUGCUGGAGCAGUUCCUGGGCGCGCUGCCCAGCAAGAUGCGGACCUGGGUGCAGUCACAGGGCCCCCGAAGCUGCAGGGAGGCCGCCAGCCUGGUGGAGGACCUGACACAGAUGUGCCAGCAGGAAGUUCUGGUAUGUCUGGACUCGGGCGAACACCAGGACUGGAGUUUCGGUGAGGAGGAAGACGGGAAGAGUCCAAGGUCCCAGAGAGAACCAUCCCAGGCGUCUGAGCUGAUUCUGGAUGCAGCGGCAGCAGCCCCGGCACUCCCUGAGGAAAGUGAGUGGCUGGAGCCCACCCAGCUCCCGCAGAGUCUGCACACCAGGGCGGAGGCCGAGGCGCCCCGUGCCCCUGGCUUGCUGGGGUCCCGGGCCCGCCUGUCUCUGAAGCCGUGUAUCUGGGACGAGCCCGAGGAUCUUCUCGCAGGGCCCUCCUCAGAUCUGCGUGCAGAAGGAGCUGUGAUCUCAGGCCCCAAGGGUCCGAGUGCUCAGAGAAUCAGUCCCCGAAGGAGAAACAGGAACACUGACCAGAGCGGCCGCCACCAGCCAUCCCUCAAGCACACCAAAGGUGGCACCCAAGAGACCGCUGCAGGGGUCUCGGCAAUGCUGCGGGGGCCCCGAGGGGGGCGGCCCUUCCAGUGUGCCGAGUGCGGGAUGGUCUUCACCUGGGUCACCCACCUCAUCGAGCACCAGAAGACCCAUCGCGAGGAAGGGCCCUUUCCGUGCCCCGAGUGUGGCAGGGUCUUCCUGCACAGCUCUGUCCUUGCUGAGCAUGGCAAGAUCCACCUGUUGGAGCCACCCAGGAAGAAAGUCCCCCGGAGCAAGGGCCUCCGGGAGUCCGCCCCACCCAGGGAUGGAGCCCAAGGUUCAGCGGCCCCUCGCAGCCCCAAGAGACCCUUCCAGUGCAGCGUCUGCGGGAAGGCCUUCCCCUGGAUGGUCCACCUCAUCGACCAUCAGAAACUCCACACGGCCCACGGCCACAUGUGAAUGGCCUCGGGCCUUGGCCACCCGGCCCUGAGUCCCUGGGGAGCACCGAUGGGCCCCAGAAGAUGGGGGACACCCCCCAGCCCCACCGACCCCUGGCCACCAUGGGACUCCUCUUGAAAGACACAGGCUGCUUCUCGGAAGAUCCUGGACACCUGCUCCAGAGCCCAGCAUGGCUUCCCAGGAUCUCGGCGGAGAAGCAGCAGUUCUGCAGCAUAACCUGGUCAGUCCUGCACACUGUGUUUUGCAAGUGGCUUGAAGAGGAGUUUCAUUCGCAUCUCGUCGUUCAGAAGCCUUGUCCGGGUCUCCCUGUGAGCACCUGACUCAGGGGCAGACUGUGCCGCUGGGUUUUCAUUUCACUGUGGAUAUCCCUGAGGCCAUGAGGGCGGGAGCCGGCCUGGGCAGCUCCAACUCCAGAGAAGGGUACAGCUGACCCCGGCUGCCCUCCUGCCAGCUCAGCCCCCUUGGAACCUAACAGAUAAACAGGGUUUUGUUUUGUUUUUUUCCUUUUUUGGGAAACAUAAAAUUUACCAUUUCAGUCAUUAAAAAUGCACAGUUCAGUGGC